AAUGACAUAUGAGUGUGGGCGGUGGGAACGACGUCAGAUCACGUUCAGAAUCAGUUUGCUAUGUAGUGACGACAGGUCCUGGUUUAUCCGACAGCCUACAGCGACACACGGUUCUCAUUUCUUUAGUAGAACAGCAAGGCUGGUAACAGCGUUUAACUCUACAUGUGCGCUCUGACUGUUCUUCUGAAUUAAGAAUGAACCAUUUCUCCAAAUAUGUUCAUCGCAGUGAAGCUGUCAGUCAGUGGAUCAGAUGACAGACACAUCUUAAAUGUACUGAGGAUAUUUUGAGAAAAGAAGACCCCUAAAUUACCUGCGGUGGCGUCUUUUCCACAGCUGAGAGCGAAUCAGACCCUGUUCAAUCCAGUAAGAACUUCACCGCUGAGGCCGAAGGGCUGUUGCUAUGGCAACGACAAAUAGCGUCAACAUGUCCGGAGGAGCUACGCGUCCUGAAAAUAAAGAGCAACCAAAAGCAAUGGACAGUAAACUACAGAAAGAGGACGCUUUGUUUCCGCAGUGGGAAGCGCUGUUUCUCCAACAAACCGCAGAGCUGCAGCAGCGCGGCGCAGACCACCUGCUGUUGGAACUGAAGGAGAUCCUGGGCUAUAGAAACCAUCAGACCUGUAUGAAGGAAGCUGCCCUCCUUGAUUGCUACGUCUGUUGUUUCUGGUGGACUAAAGAGGCCAAGUUCACCCCCAAACAGGUCGCCUUCACCAUAGCUGUACUACACAUGCUGCUGGAGAACAUAAGAGAGAAACAGAUGGGUUUAGUGGAGAACUUGAUGGAGUUUGCUAAGGCCUUAGCUACUGCCUGCCAAACGUCAGAGGAAGACACCACUUCACUUCUGGACAGAGAUGAAGCCACAGAGCUCAUAUGUUACAUCAGAAACAGUUUGUUUCAGAAGUACAGACUCUACCAGCUUCUCCUCACCACACCGAGAGAGGAGUUACUGACAGGCAUGAAGAGAAACAUUGAGGUGUUCAGUUGUCAGGAUGCUCUCAUGCCGUUGGAGGAAGACAUUUCCAAUCAUAUCUACUUCCAGUAAUCAGACUUCCUGAUAUCCAGAAAAAUGAACAGGUGAUGAUGGCUACAUGGAUGGAUGGACCCAAUGAGUGUGAGCUGUGACAUGUGAUUCCCUUGUUGUCCACAGUGGGUAUUGUCUGGAAUCAUACUAUAUGAACAGUACUACAUUUGUUUCCAUUUUGCUUUGUUUUUCGUUCCCAUCAUUGCCAUCCUUAUUCUGUCUCAUCUUGUUUUCAUUUAUUAGUUCUAUUUAUUUACUCUGUGUUCUUGCUCUGUAAAGCGGCCUUGGGAAACUUGGAAGGCACUAUAAAAAUCUUAUUGUUACCCUCCACAAUCUGUGUUAUUAUACUCAGAUGGAUCAAGUAAAUUAAAAAUAAAUAAUAAA